UAUUUUCCCGUCGUUUUCUCGCAUCCCCAAAUUAAAACAGUGUACGGAUCCACACACAGUCACACCAGUACGCACAAAAAGAAAAAACACUGACGCCAUUUCUCUUUUUUUUGUCGUUUCGUUUCCUCCCACCUGAAAACAUGGACGACGUUAACGGAGUUAAUUACCGGAGGAGAAGAUCUGCACGACGUCAUCAGAUCAACGAUCUCCCCAAUCGCCGCAACCAGACGACGACCACCAACGAACCUCCGAACCACGACGUUCAGGCGGCUAAUCGUGAUCAUGAAGUCGAUGAGUCUCUUUCGCUAAGCUUGGGUUCGACAUCGUACCCCUCCUCUCAUCACUCUCAGAUCCCUUCUCCUCCGGUGACUACUAAUUCAUCGCUUCGUCUAGCACCACCGUCGCCUUUCGCUGGACCUAUGACGACGUGGCCAACACCACAUGCUGCUGAUGAUGAUUUCAUGGCGAGUUCCAAGGCUUAUUCAUCUGUGCCUUUUUCCAUGACGACGACGCCGUCGUAUCUCAAUCUGUCAUCGUCGUCAUGGCUGAACAGCUCUUUUCACCAGAGAGGAUCUCAAGGAUCGUUUCCGACGAUGAUUCAGCCUCCGACUACGGUUAAUCGUUUCUCCUACUUUCUCCCGCCGGCUCAAACUACUCCGCAGAUGAGUACGAUGAUAAUGGCACCACCGAGAAUAAACACCGCCGUUCGUAAUUCCAGACAACAACCCGCCGGAAAUCAGAAAUCCGAUACGAUCCCGCCGCCGUUUCCAUGGGCGACGAACAUACGAGGGGUGAUUCAUAGCCUAGAGUAUCUCGAAUCGAAACAGAUCACAACAAUCACCGGAGAGGUUCAAUGCAGACACUGUGAGCAAGUGUUUGAGGUGAGCUACGAUCUGAGGGAGAGAUUCAGGGAGGUUGAGAAGAUAUUCCUGAAGAUGAAAAGGAUCAUGAGGGAACGAGCUCCUCCCAUGUGGUUAAAUCCAGAGCAACGGAGGUGUGAGCUUUGUGGCCGUGACAAAGCUGUGAAGCCUGUGGUUGCUGAAUCGAAGAGUCAGAUCAAUUGGUUGUUCUUGCUUUUGGGUCAAACCUUGGGUUACUGUACAUUGGAGCAGCUCAAGAAUUUUUGUAAACACUGCAAGAGUCAUCGUACUGGUGCUAAAGACCGUGUGCUUUACUUGACGUACCUGGGUCUCUGCAAGAUGCUUGAUCCUACUAAUAGUCUCUAUAACCGUGGUGACACCAACACUAAACGGUGAGAGCUCUGAUAUUGAUUCUAUCCUUGUUCUAUUCAGAUUUUAGAAUUUACGUUUUGGGUUGAAGGAUCAUUGAAACUUUGAUUUCGCAUUUGGACUGUCGAUGUUGCUGCUUCUUUAGGUGAAUAAUUCUGUGACAAAAUAAAUAUUGCAAUUGCAUUGCAUGGGUUUAUCGUUUUGUCGUCUUCUUCCUUCGUUGUAUCUUUUUAUCUCUUGGUCUUUU